AAUAUCAACAAACUUUCAAGUAUUUACUUUAAUAAUCAAUUGGGCUCAACCCCAAUAUUGGGCAUUUCUCAACCACCUUAAAAGGACAACUUCCAUUAACCGACUGAAUAAAAUAACUUUCUCAUCCUUUAAUUGUUGAGAGAGAGAGAAAGAGAGGAUGAAAGGAGACGAUGAGCAAAACCGAAACCGUGAAAGUGAUCGGACGUUAGCCGACGAUGAGCAAAACCGAAGCCGUGAAAGUGAUCUUACUUUAGCCUCAGCUACUCCUGAGGAUGAGCAAAACCGAAACCCUAGGAAUGAAAGUGGUCAGACUUUGGCCACUGCCGAUCCUCCUGCCAGGGCUUUGAUUCCUCUCUCGGAUGAAGUUGGACGCAGACCAGUUUGAAGAUACAAAUGCUUCACUGUUGAAGAGAACAAAGCCAUUGAGGAUGGGUAUAAGAAAUAUGGCCCUAACUGGUCCUUGAUCACGCAAGAAUACAGCGUCGAACUUGCAGAAAGGAGCGAGGUAGAUAUCAAAGAUCGACAUAGGAAUAUGACUGGGACUGCUGCUACCGCAGAUUUGACUACACCACUGAGAGUUAUCUUCCACCAUGAGGCUUCUCUGGUGGAACUUAUCACGACUAACUUCCCAAGGGUUGAGAAAUAUUUGGAUGUUGUGACAUCAAUUGUCAGAUCAAAGGUAAAACGAACAAGGAUUUAUGUUUUUGCUUGCUCAUGAGAGAUUAUUUAUCUUGUAUUGCCAGGUAAAGCUUUUGAACGAAAGCUCGUUUGCUUCAUGUGGAAAAAUCGAGGAUUGGGUUUCUGCUUAUGAGGUUACAGAUUUGUCGGAAAGUUGUAAGGACGAUACCAUGAAGAAACUUUAUCACAAGGAUCCAAGUAGAAGGAGAGAUGGUGCCUUUUCAGUUUCUUGUUGCUUUACACUGUAGGAGAAAAUCGUGACAACUUCUCAACAGUUGGAGAAAUUGUUUUGCGUACAUGUUGAAGAAGUUACUCGACAUGAGGUGAACACUGGUGGCACAGAGAUGGGAGAUCUUGUGCCACCAUUUUGCACCUGGAAAAAGUAGGAAGAAGAAGAGGUAUUUUCGGCAUCCUUUUUUUCUGGUCAUCCACUCGGAUGAGACUCUGCUGCAGAUAAAUAAGAAGAUUAAGAGCAAGUGUGGUGUCUCCGGUGAAGAUAUCUUGAAGGUUUGUCUCUCUGUAUUUUUACUCAAAAGAAAACUUGAACUCAUGUGUGUAAUGUUGUUUUUGAAGUGGAAGUUUGCAAUGGCAUCAAAUUCUAUGCGUUAUAUCAUGGACUCUGAAAUCAUUCAUUCUUUCUGGAAGGACUCUGAAAUCAUUCAUUCCUUCUGGAAGGACUAAAAAAAGUCAUAUUUUGAUGUAAAUUGACCAAUGAAAACAUUUUUACAAGUGAUGUUUCAUUGUAUAACAAUAUAGGUAGACAGUUGUACAAAAAAAGCACUAUAAGUAUAGACAAUAAAAUGUUUAAAAAAAUUGAAAGUGAACAGCUUGGAUUUCUUCUUUUUUGAGAAUUAGGAUUAUACAUUGCUUUGUAUCGACAUAUCACAUAUGAUCUAGAACUUAAUUAAUUAUUCCAUUAUUCAUGUUUCAUAUACAUGUUUGUAGAAAAAAAUGGGUCAUGCUUCUGGAUCUUAAAUCAUUGAAAUCAGGUCAUUAUAAUCGGUGCCAAACACCUGACACAUCGACAGUUAUACCAUAAUUCAAAAUAACACAUCUAGUUAUGUAAGUAAUGAUGUAACAAAUAAUUAAAAGAUCAGAUAUUCAUUUUAAAAAAUAUUAAUAUUUAUGAUUUGUUAUGUCUUUGACAAAUAUUGAAUUUAAAUAAUCAUUUUAAUUCGUAAAGUUAUAUGAUUAUUCAGAAUUUUUAAAUUUAAUUGAAACUAAUAACGAAUCAACUCAAAUUUUUAGGCAUAAUAUUAUUUUGUCCACCCAUAGCUGGUGCAACCUUUUUUUUAAGAACGCGAAAACGAGCUACAAAAAGCACAGUUGGCUGCUCUUUCCUAACACCACCGUCUUGUAUUAAUAAACCUAAAAAGGCAACUCAAAACUAAAAGAAAAAACACGAAGAAGAACGCUUAAAUGGCCAUUCUCUUUACAUCAUCAUUCAUGGCCACACGCAGCCUCUUUUUCUUCAAAGUUCUUCUUCUUUUUCUUGCUCUCUCAGAUUCUUUUUCAGCGACAAGUAACGGCCAAGGUGUGGGAAUCAACUACGGCCAAAUCGCUAACAACCUCCCGUCUCCAGCGCGAGUCGCCGUCCUCCUCCGUUCACUUAACAUCACAAGAGUAAAGCUCUACGACGCAGACCCAAACGUCCUCUCCUCCUUCUCAAACUCACAAGUAGAUUUCAUGAUCGGUCUAGGCAACGAGUUCCUCCAAAACAUGUCAGCGGAUCCAACCAAAGCUCAGAGCUGGAUCCAGCAACGACUCCAACCGCACAUCGCCAAAACGCGAAUAACCUCGAUCGUUGUCGGAAACGAAAUCUUCAAAACUAAUGACCGUGUCUUAAUCUCGAGUCUCUUACCGGCCAUGAAAGCGGUUUACUCUGCUCUAACCAAUCUCGGUUUAGAGAAACAAGUCACGGUAACAUCCGCUCAUUCGCUAGACAUGCUUCAGACAUCUUAUCCACCGUCGUCCGGAUCAUUCAGACAAGAGUUUAUACAGUUUCUCCAACCACUUCUUGAUUUUCACUCUCAGAUCAAGUCUCCUUUCUUGAUCAACGCGUAUCCUUUCUUCGCUUAUAUGGACAGUCCUAAAGAGAUUCCCUUAGAGUAUGUUCUGUUUCAGCCGAACCAAGGGAUGGUUGACCCGAACACGAAUCUUCAUUACGACAACAUGUUGUUUGCUCAAGUCGAUGCGCUUUAUGCAGCCAUUAAAACGUUGGGGCAUACUGACGUUGAGGUUAGGAUCUCGGAGACGGGAUGGCCUUCCAAAGGAGAUGAGAAUGAGAUCGGAGCUACGCCGGAGAACGCGGCGCUUUAUAACGGGAACUUGUUGAGGUUAGUUCAGCAGAGGAAAGGGACUCCGGGCAAGAAGUCUGUUCCGAUUGAUGUUUAUGUUUUUGCUCUUUUUAAUGAGAAUCUUAAACCCGGUCCGACUUCUGAGAGGAAUUAUGGGUUGUUUUAUCCGGAUGGUAAACCGGUUUAUAAUGUCGGUUUACAGGGUUAUCUUCCUGAUAUUAUAUACAGUUCAAGCGCAAGUUCAAUCAAGGUCAAACAUGCAAUCAAGAUUCAAGAACUUAUUAGAGCAUCAUUAUCCCAAAACCCCUUAAAGGGUCUCUUAGUUAAUUUUUAA